UUGUCGUCUUUUGAUAGAGGCUCGUCUCGGGGUGGAACGAAGCAGACAUGGAGGAGCUGAGCGCCGUGGGAGAGCAGGUCUUCGAUGCCGAGUGCAUUCUCAACAAACGGCUCCGGAAGGGGAAGUUGGAGUUUCUGGUGAAGUGGAGGGGAUGGUCUUCCAAACAUAACAGCUGGGAACCUCAGGAAAACAUCCUCGACCCACGACUUCUGGCUGCUUUCAACAAGAAGGAGCAGGAAAAGGAGCUGCUGAUGCGUAAACGUGGGAAAAGACCACGAGGACGACCACGGAAAAUCAUCGAAAAUGUUCCUGAGGCACCAAAGUCCAGCAGCUCGUCCUCUGGGUCGUCGUCUUCAUCCUCAGACUCUUCAUCCUCCUGCUCUUCAUCUUCGUCCUCCUCAGAAGACGACGAUGACGACACCCACACCAAACCAGCCAACCCAAGCGUCAGAACCCGAGACCUUCACCCCGUUCCCCAGAAGAAGGCGCAGAUCGUCGUGGCCAAACAGGAACCUCCGAAGAAACGAGGCCGGAAGCCGUUGCCACCAGAGGUCAAGGAGUUCCAGCAGAAUAAAGGCACUCGCAAGAUCCUGAAGACAGCGAAGGAAGCGAAUCUACCAGGGGCCAUCAAGAAGCCAGUCCACCCUGCCAGCUUCACCUUCAUGGGGUUCCAUCGGGGCUCAGUGGGUGGGCAGAACCGAAGCCCGCUUGCCCAGGGCGGGGCCGUGAAGAGUGCCAUGAGCUCCGUCGGAUCUGGGAAGUCGGCACAGCCCACCUCUGCCCCCCUUUCUGUGAACAAAUCCAACCAAAGCAGGAACGUUGCUGAGGGAAAACUGUCCAUCUCCAGCAUGAGCGGUGGGGCAGGUCUGGAUCUGAAAGGGGCUGCUGGGAAAUCCAAAGGGGUGGCGGCGUUAAACCUGAACACGUCUAAACACCCCAUUCAAGGAACCACCCAGCACACACUGAGUAACCCCAAUGGACCGAAGAAACCCCCAGGCCAUGUGGCGGCACUGCAGCGGAUACCCAACGCCAAAGCGUCAAUACCCGCCAAGAACGCUGCCUCCAGUCCAGGUCCGGGCUCAGGUCUUCAGCCGCUCAACCUCCAGAACAAGGCGACUCGGGGCGGUGACGGCACCAUCGCAACGCCAGGCCUCCGAAACCCACCGAACCCAGCACGUAAAACCACACAAAACCAGGAGUACAACCAGGGGGGGCUGCAGAGGAAGACCCAGUCCGGAGCCGAGAAGGUCAAGGAGGCGGAGAUCCAGACUUCCAGAGGCCAAGGCCGGCUGGAGAAGAGCGGCGUACAUAAACAGGCCUCUGACACCUCCAAAGAUGCCAAGAAAGCCAAAAUGAACGACAUGAGCACGGGUGAAGACGAGAGCAGCUCAGACUCUGACCAAGACUAUGGUGGUCCGACAGUCCAGAACCAGGAUUGGAAGCCCACGCGAAGUCUGAUCGAACACGUCUUCGUCACAGACGUCACUGCCAACCUGGUGACGGUCACAGUGAAGGAGUCGCCGACGAGCGUGGGCUUCUUCAGCAUCCGCAACUACUGACAGAAGGACUAAUGGAACCUAGACUAGAUGGACGACAUGUAGGAUGGAAAUGAAGACCUGCUCUUCAUCUUCUUUAGUCAGAGUCUCUUUAGGUUAAAGGCGAAUGAAACACACGACGGACUUUUAUUGUGAUUAUUUAUUUGCUCGUGUCUACAGAAGGAUCUUCAGUCCUGAUGUUCGGAUGUGAGGCUGCGUUUUAACACAACAGGAACAUGUGGUGAUUGUAUGUUUCUGCAAAUAAUGAAAAAUCUGAAUAAUUAUGAACCAAAAUACGUAAUAGAGUAACAUUUCUACAGUUUUGGAAAUGACACAAAUUUAGUUUUUGCACGAUUUGCUUCUACAUUUUUUCCCACCUUAAUCAAAGAACUGAAGACUUUUAUUGUCAAAGAAUCAUUUUGUGUCACGACUUUAGUUUUGAGUUUUUUGAGUCGAUGUCUUUGUUCUUGUUUUCAUCCUGGUAACGAAUAUGUUUUUUCCCAUGUUUGCCAGCUCUAACUUUUUUCCACCAAAACCAGAAAACAUGGGGGAAAAUUCAGUCUCUAUUAUUUUUACAAUCGUUUUCAGAUUGUUUACAAGAACUGAAGACAAAACUUGAUCCAAAAAUUCUCUAAAACUAAGACUACAUCUAAAUACGACUGGAAAAAACACAGUUAAAGUUAAUAUAUUACAAGAAACAAACAGGUUGCACUUGAGCCAAGAUCAUGAUUUUGCUUGUUUUUUGCUGAUUUUCAGAAAUCUAAACCAUGAUUAAUAUUACAUUAUGUUACUGACACUAGGCUGAGUUGCACCCAAAUCAUUUAAUAAAUUCGUUGAGUGUCAAAAUAAGUGACUUUUCCUGGAUCUAAUAGUUAGAAACAUUAUCUGUUCCAUUUUUUCCAAACUUGACACAGCUACGACUGUAAUAAUUAUGUAAAAUGUUUUUUACUGAAAACUGUAAAAUUUUCCUCCCACGAAACCUGACGUAAAUUCAUGUGAUUUUGUUUUUUUCGUGUGAAUUCGCAUCCACUUCCUGAUUCCCAGAAGAUUACAUGGAGGUGUUUAUUUUGCAGAAACAUACUUUUUUACUUGUGCUCAUGUUCCUUUUAGUUUUAUGAUCAUGGUUCGAUUGAUAUCGCUGUUUCCAAACCAUCCCGACCUUUGGUGACCUUCUGUGACCUCCAGUGACCUGUCUGUACACCAGGUUGGUGGGUCCAUGUAGACAUGAGCAGUUUCUUCUUCUUCAGUGUUGUGAAUUAUAUCGAACCGUAGCGUAGAAUGGAGUCCGUUAGCGGCGUUUGUUUUAAUACCAGACUUUAGCUACCUCUACCUCUGUUUUACUCAGCGUUAGCUGUUUGUUCAUUUCUAUGGAGACUCGAGUCUCCAUCGCUGUUCACAGACGUUUUAUAUGAAGCUUCAAACAUUAAAGACCAGAUCAGCUUUAUUCUGAUGGAAAGACGUGGACCAAACUUGGAUCGCGGUCCAGGGUUCUGCAGGACCAGGGUUGUGCUGGUCCUUGGUUCAGGUUUAUCAGAACAGGUUCCUCCUUCUUCUACUCAGUCUACUUCCUCUUCUAGUCCUCCUACUUCUAUGGUCUGAUCUGCUUCCUCCUUUACAUCAGCUCUCUUCUACUCCUCCUCCCUCUUCUUCUUCUACCUCAAACCCCUCUCCUUGUGAUCCUCCCUGUUCUCCCCUCUCCUUUUUCUACUCCUCCUGAGAUCUGAGCUACUUCAUCCUUUGCAACAAUUCUCUUCUUGUACUCCUCCUAAUCCUCCAUCUCCUUCUACUUCUCCCUGUUCCUGUCCGUUUAAUCUUCCCCUUCUUUCGUCUUCUGUACUCCAUUUUCUCUCGUUCUUUGGAUUCCUCUACUGCUAGUCUUUCUCCACCUUCUCCCUCUACUACUGCUUCUACCUCUUCUCCUUCUUUAAUUCCUUCUUGUCCUCUUUGUUCCUCUACAACUCUUUCUCCUCCUCCUUAUACUCUUUCUCAUCCUUCCUCUUCUCCUCCCCCUCCUCCUCCUCAGGGUAGGUUAAUGGUAGACUCCUCAAACACCUCAGUGUAAACUCAGCAGGAACAUCAACGUGAACCAAGCUCAGAUUAUCAGUAAAACUCUGAAAAAGCGGCUCCUGAACCUCCAGGUUUCUGCAGCUGCAGGCGUCUGGUUUCACUGAAGAGGAAGGAGGGCGCAGGGGAAAAAAAAAAGGGGGGGGGUCUUUAUCUGAUGUAACAGAACAGAAACCACAACAAUGUUCAGCAACAAAGCACUUGGACUGAACUCCUCUGUCUGAGCCUGUGCCUUUUCUCUGCCUCAGAGACUGAAACACAAAGACAUUCAACCCCAAAGAUGAUACAAGACCCGUCCCUGGCUCCGCCCCCCUGACACACCCACAUCGGACCACUUCCACUUUCAUUUCAGGGCUCGUUUUUCCAACAAGAAACAGAAAACCGUGAGGUCAGACUGAUUUAACGUUUGCAUUCAUUCGUUCAUGUCGUGUUUUCGACAGUCAAUCACCAGCGCAAAAAGACAUUUUAAAACACAUUGUUCAUAUGAGAAUAUUUUUAUAAUACGUACUUUUGUCGAUGUAAAGAAAGAGGUUAUGUGUUCAGUUUUAGCUCUACUAACCAUCUCAGUGGACGUCUGUUCUCUUUAUCUUCUAUUUAUUUCAGUAAAGUCUUUGUUUGUACCGUUUCUUGGAAUAACAAAUAAAUGGCACAAACCUGAA